ACUCAGGAGGUAACUUCAGCAAGCUACCUGCAGCCCUCUGUCUGACAUCAUGUCCUUCAACUGCUCCGCAAGAAAUUGCUCUUCCAGGCCGAUUGGAGGACGCUGCGCUGCUCCAAUGGCCCCAGUUGCCACGACUUCCAGCACUGAUGCUGACUGCCUGGGCGGCAUCUAUUUGCCCAGUUCCUUCCAGACUGGCUCUUGGCUCCUGGACCACUGUCAGGAGACCUGCUGCGGGCCCACUGCUUGCCAGCCAACCUGCUAUCAGCGAACUUCAUGCGUCUCCAACCCUUGCCAGGUGACCUGCUCUCGGCAAACUACCUGUGUUUCCAACCCCUGUUCAACCACCUGCAGCCGGCCGCUCACCUUUGUCUCUAGUGGAUGUCAGCCCCUGGGAGGCAUCUCCAGUGUCUGCCAACCAGUAGGUGGAGUCUCUACUGUCUGCCAGCCAGCCUGUGGGGUCUCCAGGACGUACCAGCAGUCCUGCGUGUCCAGCUGCCGAAGAACCUGCUGAGUGUGUGGGAGCCAGUGAGCGAAUCAAGACUCCACGAUCCCAGCUGUUUCCAGGAUCUUCCAGCAUGUUGCCUGUCCCUAAUAGCUCUUCAUCGCUGACUCCUCUUCUGACUGCCUGACUGCUGGCUACUAGCCAUGCACACGCUGUCUUUGGCACUCUAAAAGUUUUCUGGCCAGCCCUGAGCUUGUUUUAAGGGUUGCUCACUGGUGCUGUGUAUGCCUCUGGAUGUGUCCAGAAGCUUUACCACCCACGCCCCAGUCUCUAAUGCUUUUAACAUGUUUUCACCAUGCUGCUGUAUCUCCUGGCCUCUGCUUUUGUGUCUCUCAAAAAGGGAGCUUGUCUCGCCAUGUAUUUCUCAAUAAACCUGCAUUAGUUGGCAUUGCAAA